AAGUUGGGCAAAAGUUCGUGAUUGUGUUAGAUGUCUUUGUGUUAUCACUGUUAUCAGUUUCCACGAAUUCAGUAGUGUGGAUACGUGAAUGUGAAAAGAUCAAACCUUUUGUGGUGGAUUUUGUAUAAUGUGUUUGCUUGUGUUCGAUUUGAUGACUGAUGACGGCCGGAUUGUACUAAAAUUCAAGACUAGUAUUCGAUAAUUCUGUAGUGAUGAGAGAUUACGUUUGAAUUUCUCUUAUUCGAGCAUAAGUAAAAAAAUUCCUGAAGAAACAUGAGUUCCGAAGACAAUUUAGAAGUAACUGUUGAUCACCAAAAAACCAAACAUUUAGUAAAAAGUCAGUAUUACGAUGUCAUGGUGAAAGUGGAUACCGAUGUUUAUUAUUUAGAUAAACUGCAACUGGCAUGGAAAUCGGACUACUUUGAAAAAUUUUUAAUCGAGUACUCUAACCAAGAUGAAUGCAGUUUGAUAGAGCUACGAGCAAUGGAUUCGGAUACAUUCUCUACCAUAACUGAUAUAAUAUACGGAAAGACGCUGACGUCUGUCUUGAACCACGACAAUUGCAUUGCUUUGUUAAUGGCCAUGGAUUACUUACAAAUGGAAAUCGACGUCGAAACGUACGCGACAUUUAUGAAAAGCAAUUCGGUCCUGGAUGUUGAAAUAAUCGGAUUAUACACCUUCAUGAAAGAAAAUCCCAAUCUGCAGUGUUUGUUACCAUCAGUUCUCGAAUAUUUAUCGAAUCAUUUGGCAAAUAUGCGAAAUAAUGCAGAUCUUAUGUGUUUACCGGUUGACGAUAUUACUCGAAUAAUUUCAAGUCAAAGCUACGUAGGCUACAGCUCGAUGACUGAGGAUAUGCGUGAAAUUUGCCUAAUUUGCGCAGAAUGGAUUUAUCACGAUUUGCAAAACAGACUUCGUCAUUCAGUAAGGCUCGUAAAUGCGGUUAAACAAAGAUUUUGUUAUCUGAAUGCGAUGAAGGAUGAAGAUUUUAAUAACCUUACUGUAUCGUCUGAUAUCGCCAAGCAAAUGAAUCCGGAAAUGAUUGCAAAACAUUUUUACAAAUUUGUCGUGUGUGAUGGAGAAAUAAAUCCAGUUCCCCAGAAAUUGCCGAAGUACGAAGAAAAAAAAGCUCCAAUCAGUUGUGAAAAAAACCAUCGAAAAAAGUUGACGAAACUUCUAGAAAAUGGGUAUUUUCACAAUAUCGUACUAAAUGUUGGAGAAAAAACAUACAAACUACAUCGAUUUAAAUUGUGUCCGGCGUCCGCCCAUUUCGCUGAAAUUUCUUCCACUAAGCAGUCCUCUCAUGCAGACGCUCAAUGUGCAGAAGCACUGACCCAGCGAUCGAUUACCAGUGAGCAGUAUUCAAUUCUUGGUGUUGAUCAAACAACGUGUGACAUGAUAUUUGAAUAUAUCUAUUUUGAUGAAUUAAGAUUAACGUCCGAAACCAUAACACCAGUAUUUAAAGCUGCCAGUACGUUCAGAAUGGAAAAUUUAAUGACCGAAUGUGUACGGUUGAUGAAGAAGAAUAUCGAAGAAAUGUGUUCGAGUAUUGAUUCGUUUCCUAUCCGUUUCAUUUCGUUCGAUAUGUUGGAGGAUUUACUGAUAUCAUCGUCACAUUUCUGCGACAAUCCACAUCGAAUUAAAAAAGUGUGUACGAAAUGGGUUUUUCACGAUGUAAAAAAUCGUUAUCAUCUGAUACCACGAAUCGCUCUCGCUAUUAAUCGCAAUCGCACUACGAGUUAUAAAAUGGAAGUGCCUACAGAUUUAAACGACUGCACCGAGCGAAUGAUUCGAUACGAAUUAUGGAAGACUUUGAAGUCUACUUCGCUGAUUCCUGUUGCUAAGAAAACAACGCCAAAAAUCUACUCGUUUAACAAAAAAUUAUGCGAAAUUCCUGUUUUUGUCGCGUGGACUUGGCAAACGUCAACUAUACAUGUUUUGAACGCCAGGUUGGGUCAAAUUGCCUCGUUGUGUCUGUGUCUUUCGAAUUCAAACCCUUGGAAAAAUCAUAGCAGGAUUUGUUUGGUUAACAUAAGCGCUGCCUUAGUGGAUGAUAAUUUAUUCAUCAUGUUAUCUUUGGAUGCUGAUUAUUUUGUAUUUUAUGUGUUUAAUUCGUCUUCGAAAAAAUUCAUCUCUUUGAAUAGCUGUGUAAAUGCCAAACUGAGCUGGUGGCGUAAGUUCUCGCUGUUGAGUUGUCGCGGCCAAAUCUAUUGUUGUUUUAACCUGGGCCAUGUAUUGAAAUAUUCGAUCGAAUUGAAUCAUUGGAUAAUGUUUUCAAAGAAGCCGGGAUUUUCCGAUGAAGACCUAAUGGACGAAGACGUAUGGUUUACAAGCGAUGGAGAUAAGUUAUACAGAUUGUAUGCUUCUAAUGGUUCAUCUUACAUUGUGAACGAAUUCAAUUUCAAACUAAAUUUAUGGUUGCCUUUGACAUAUAUGUCAUUUACGCGAACGUCUUCCGAAAUACAAGAUCUAACCAUCAUUAAUGGCGAUGUACUUACUGUGGUAUUCGACUCCUACUUCAAGUCAUUUGACCCACGUUCAAGAACCUGGCGUCGGUUUCCCCUGACAGGAGAUGAUGUUAAUUUCCGGAUUUUGAAAUCUUUCGCGUCGAUCCAGUAUGAAAACAUUUAUUUACACGUGUUCGCCAACAAACUACAUCAGUGGUCUGAAACAAACCAAUGCUGGGAGUUGAAAGAAGAACUCCAAUUGGAGACUACAUCACCCGAACCUAUGGAAAAUCUUGGCCUUUAUGAGUGUAUUGGUGCCGUCCAUGGUCACGAUGUUCGCACUCCUCGCCAAUUAUUGUACCGGUAAUGCAUGUAACUAUGUAUGUGAUAAAGUAACUUUCUAUUCAUUUUUUUUUCUUGUGACAAUUGACAAAUCUUAGAAGGCUGAUUUAUAAUUAAACGUUUUGUUAUGUAA